GCAUACGUCUUUAACAUUGUCCCCAGACUGUCAAACCAAACCAUACUACGUUAAGUCCACUAGGAGGCGGUAUUAUCUCAAACUCCCAGUAGCACACCAAGCUGCUGCUUCCACCGUCGAGGAAGUCAAGAUGGCAGCCACGAUGAAACCUUCUGUAGCGGUUGAAGAUGUCAACGUCACUUUUGAAGACCAACAGAAGAUUAAUAAGUUUGCAAGAAGCACAAAUCGAAUGACAGAGCUGAAAGAUGAAAUAGAGGCAAAGAAAAAAUCCCUUCAAAACCUGCAGGAUGCAAGCGAUGACCUGAUGAUGUUCGACGACGACUCACUCCUGAUCCCUUAUCAAAUUGGUGACGUCUUCAUCAGCCACUCCCAGGAAGAAACUCAAGAGAUGCUUGAGACUGCUAAGGAAGUGCUGCAGCAGGAGAUGAAGGAGCUGGAGGGUCGAGUGUCUGCCAUCCAGCAGGUCUUGGGCGACCUCAAGGUGAAGCUCUACGCCAAGUUUGGCAACAACAUCAACUUGGAGGCUGACGAGAGCUGAGCGGGGAAAUGGACAUUGACAGCUCUCUCAACAUGGACUUUCUUUUUGUCAUGCGGCUCAGAUUUCGGAUCACAGUGGACUGUCUUAAUAUAUGUAUACACACACACAAUCAAAUGUUAAGUUGGUCUUGGUUUUGGAGCCAAACCUUGAAACAGGACAAGUCACUGAAAAGUACAAUAAAUGGAAGUGAUGUAAGAUUUUA